GUUUCUCAUGUUUAGUCGAAAUUACAUUUGCUAUGGCUCCCAUUUUUGAGCAGGACAACAAGCAAACCACAUCUUUCUCGCCUAGAAGCAAUGAGGGUGAUAUGGCCUCGAAAUCGCCAAGUGACCCCAAUCUUGUUACCUGGAACGGUCCAGAUGACCCCGAUAAUCCGCUGAAUUGGAGUCGGGCCAACAAAUGGACGGCGACUAUCCUCGUCUCGUGUUUUACCUUCAUCUCGCCAGUGUCUUCUACAAUGGUGGCACCGGCACUCUCAACGAUGGCAACCGAGUUCCAUAUCGGUUCCGGCAUUGAGCAAAACCUACUCAUGUCUAUCUUUCUCCUUGCCUAUGCUCUGGGUCCAUUUAUCAUCGCACCCUUGUCUGAGAUGUACGGGCGUGUGGUGGUAUUACAGUCAGCGAAUAUGUUCUACCUUGUGUUCAACACCGUGUGUGGUUUUGCAACUUCCCGUGAGCAAAUGCUUGCUUUUCGAUUCUUGAGUGGAUUCGGUGGCAGUGCACCGCAAGCGAUCGGCGGGGGUGUCUUGAGCGAUUGCUGGCACAAAGAGGAGCGGGGGGCAGCAACGGCACUUUACAGCGUGAUGCCAUUUUUAGGACCGGCAAUCGGCCCAAUCGCGGGUGGCUACCUCACCCAAUAUCUAUCAUGGCGAUGGAUCUUCUGGAUCGUCUCCAUGGCAGAUGCCACGAUUCAGGUCCUCGCAUUUCUUCUUCUGAGCGAGACCUAUGCGCCUCGGAUUCUGGCGAUCCGAAAAGAGAGGCUGCAGCGCAGAACUGGCAAUAGAAACCUGCAUACGGAGUAUGACAGCCCGGACCGCAGUUUUGGGCAGGUUCUGCGCAAGAAUCUGGUCAGGCCGUUUAUCAUGCUUUUUACCCAGCCGGCUAUCCAGGCUCUUGCCCUUUAUCGGGGGUAUCAGUACGGCCUGAUGUACCUUGUCCUUGCGUCUUUCCCGAUGGUUUGGGAGGAAACGUAUGAAGAGUCGAAAGGGACAGCGAGUUUGAACUAUCUGUCUCUUGGUGUGGGAUUUAUCAUUGGAUUGCAGUUUUGCGGUCGGGUGCUUGACCGGGUAUACCUCCGUCUCAAGAAGCACUACAACCACGACGGUCGCCCCGAAUUCCGCAUCCCGCUGAUGCUCCCUGGCGGACUCCUCGUCCCUAUCGGCCUGUUCAUCUACGGCUGGACUGCUGAAUCCAGGACCCAUUGGAUAGUCCCUAACAUUGGCGGAGCGAUAUUCGCCAUCGGGCUUAUCAUCUCCUUCCAAUGUGCGCAGACUUACGUGGUGGAUGCCUACUCGAGGUACGCUGCCAGUGCGACCGGUGUGGCGGCAUUUGUGCGCACGUUAGCGGGGUUUGCCUUUCCUUUGUUUGCGGACAGUCUGUAUAGAAGGCUUGGUCUUGGGUGGGGGAAUAGUUUGCUUGGGUUUGUGAGCCUGGGGUUGGGGAUCGUUUCGCCCAUCUUGCUGUGGUUUUAUGGGGAGUGGUUGAGGGAGAAGAGUCCUUACUGCGCUGGAUAAAUCGGUUAUCCUGGAAGGACACAUGCAAGACAACGUGGGUGCCUCUUGUGUUUGAGUCUGAAUAGCCCCUUGGUUUAGAACUAGCAUGUCCUACCAUAUGGGUUCUUCUUUGUCAUAUAACUGACUAGAUCUCUUUUCGAC